CUCCUCCAUCAUCUAUCCUUCACACACCUAGAGAAAAAACAUCAAAGCCAAGCAAGCAAUAAUCAACACAAAAUCUAUCAUGAAGAUCUUCCUCAUCCUUGCCCUCCUUGCCGUGGUGGCGACCAUGGCCAAUGCCACUGUACAGCUUGAUCCUAGAGGCCAAGAUCAGCCAUUUCCGCAACCACAACAACCGUUUCCACAACCUCAACAACCAUUUCCACAACCACAACAACCGUUCCCGCAACCACAACAACCAUUUCCACAGCCACAACAACCGUUUCCGCAGCCACAACAACCGUUUCCGCAGCCUGAACAACCGUUCCCGCAACCCCAACAACCAUUCCCGCAACCACAACAACCGUUUCCGCAACCACAACAACCGUUUCCGCAACCCCAACAGUCGUUCCCGCAACCACAACAACCAUGGAUCCAGCAACAACAACCGCCUUUCCAGCAAAUUACGCAACAACAGUUGAACCAGUGCCAAGAGUUUCUCGUGCAGAAGUGCAAACCAGUGACGAUAGGGUCAAUCCUCUGGUCGUGGAUCUUGCAACAGAGAAGCUGCCAGGUGAUUCAACAACAAUGUUGCCGGGAGCUAGCGCAGAUCCCCAAGCAGCUCCGGUACCCUGCCAUAUUUAGCAUUGUGCACGCCAUCAUCGUGCGGCAACAACAACAACAACCCUUCCAGCCUCAGCCACAACAGGUGGGCCAGGGUUUCAUCCAACCUCAGCAGAUAGCUCAGUUCCAGGCUCAGUUGAGGUAUGCGUUGCAAACCCUGCCAGCAAUGUGCAAUGUGCAGGUCCCGCUGUACUAUUCCACCGUCCCAUUCAGCCGCAUCAGUGGCUUUUUAGAAAACUACAAGAGCUCUAGUACUACAUGGAUGGAGCAUCGUUAUUUCGUCAAUGGACCGAUCGAUGUAACGGUGAAAAAUAAAGUGGCAUGCACUAACAUGUAUGACCCCCGGCCACUACUAGUCGAAACUUGGGAAUAAAAGGCAAACAUUGUUCUUGACUGCAUAA